AGCUAAGUCUCCGCUGGAGGUUGGGCCGCCGUGGCUGUCGAGUUGCGAAUCCCAAUUCGCCAGAGUCCGAGAUGUCUAGGUCUGGAGUCCGAACAAGCAUUGCACUUCAAGGCCCCACGGUUUGCUGAAUCCUUCAGGAAUUCUCCAGGGAUCCCGCCAGCAAAUACCCAUGCUCGACAGGUACAAAGCCCACCAGCUUCGUGGACCGGGCGCUGCUCGGCGACUAGGGGAUCCGACAACAAGCGAAGAGGCUGGCGUGGAUCACUAAUCCAGGCAUCUUAUAAAGACCGAGUGUUGAUCGAAAUAUAUAUAAUGACUUCGCCAUCCUCUUUCCAGCUCAGAUAGAACUCGAGUGGACAUCAGAUUCGUGUCAAUAACGGCUCAGCCAUCACAACUGUUCCUCGCUCGCCCCAUAACUUGCAAAACAGGAGCAAGGACUUGUCAACAAUGCAGCCACCGCGCUUCCUCGCACUUCUGGGCCUUGGACUCCUCGUCCCGCCAGGAGCCCUGGCCGCCGUCGAUGGACUCUGUCCUAUCAUAGGCGCAGUUUUGCCUGCACCGACCAAGCCUGCGUCCCACGCGGCCGUGCAAAAUGCCUUGGCGGAUUUCAGGACGGCCGUUGAGAAAAUUGUCGGCGGUCUCAACAGAACCGCCGUCUCGGUUGCUGUCAAGUCCAUCCAAGAGCCCGACUCGCUAAUCGAGCUUCACCACACGCCACCGACUCUCGAUCCCAGGGGCGUGCAGAAGGUGGACGCAAACUCCAUCUACCGCCUGGGGAGCAUCUCCAAGAUCUUUGCGGCCCUGGCGGUGCUGAAGCUGGACGGCGUCAGCUUCGAUGACAAGGUGACCAAGUAUCUCCCAGAGCUUCGGACCCUGGGCGACCCGACGAGGGCAGAGGACGCCGUCAGCCGUGUUGAGUGGGACGAGAUCACUCUCGGGGCACUUGCUUCCCAUCUUAGUGGGAUAGCUGCCGACUACGCCAUCGACUUUGCAAGCUUCCCAGGAUUCAAUCCCACGCAACGGGGCCUGCCUCCAAAGAAGAACAUUACAGAUCCUGGUUGCGCUGGCAUCGCAGGAAUCAGGCCUUGCACGGAGAAAGACUUCUUCGAGGGCUUUGGCAGUCGCGCGCCCGUCUUUGCCCCCUUUUCGGCACCGGCCUACUCCAACAUCGGCAGUCCUCUACUAAGCUUCGUCGUCGAGCGGCUCACGAACAAGAGCUAUGCGGAAUUCUUCCAGGCCGCCGUUCUGCAGCCCCUCGGGCUCAAUGACACUGGCAUGAAGAAGCCGGAAGACUCGCGCGGCGUCAUCCCACUAAACGAUACUUGGUGGAGCACCGACAUUGGAUUCGAAGCCACUGCCGGUGGCUUCUACUCGACGCUCAACGACAUGCUCAAGUUCGGCGACGCGGUCCUUUCCAGCAAGAUCCUCUCCCCCGCCGCGACGCGCAAGUGGUUCAAGCCCAUGACCAACACGGCCUCGCUGGGCAUGCAGCUGGGCGCGCCCUGGGAGAUCCUCCGGGCCACCAACGUGACGCGCGACCAGCGCGCCAUCGAGAUCGUCACCAAGGGCGGCGACAUCUUCAACUACCGCUCCACGCUGGCCAUGAUCCCCGACUACGACCUCGUCCUCACCGUCCUGCUGGGCGGCGACUCGGCCGAGAAGGGAAUGUCGACGGCCGUGCCGCUGAUCCAGGCCGCGGCCGUCAAGAUCCUCCUGCCCGCGCUGGAGCAGGCCGGCAAGGAGCAGGCCCGGGCGACGCACGCCGGCACCUACCGCGACGAGGCCACCAACUCGACGGCCGUGCUCGAGGUGUCCGACGCCGACGCCGGGCCGGGCAUCCGCGUCGCGCGGCUGGUGGUGCGCGGCGUCGACGUGAUCGCCACGUACCCGGCCAUGCGCAACAUGUCCCCGAACCCGCCGGCCGCGGGGACGCUGCCGCCCGCGAGGCUCCGGCUGUACCCCGCGACGGGCGUCGCGUCGGCGUGCCGGCAGGCCUGGAGGGGCGUCUACAGCAUCGGCGCGCCGGAACAGGUGGCCGCCGACGACGCGCUCUUCCCCUGGCUCCAGAACAGGUGCGUCACCUGGGCGAGCACCGACAGGGACGUCUACGGGCUGCAGGCGCUGGACAGAUUUGUGUUCAACACUGGCAAGGAUGCGGUCACCGGGAGCUUGGAGAUGCCGGCCUACCAGGUCAAGAUGGUGAGAGUUGCGGAGGGCAGCUAGAUUAAUGCUAAUUAUUAGACGGAUACGUGUGCUACGGCGCUAUGCAUUUAGACUGUAAUUAUUUAGUCAUAAUUCGCA